AUGGCUUCGCAGACUAUAUCACCUGCCGAUCGCAUCCGCGACCUCUCAGCCAUCAACGCCGAGGUUGCGGAACUGCUGCAGUCUGCCGGCCACGCGAUCAACUCGCUCACUGACAGGCCAUUGAUAACUGGCGACGGCGAUGCGCACAUGCAGAAUGGUAGUGAAGCAGCCUCAAUCGACAAGCGAAAACAGGCAUUCGCAGAGAACACGCAGGGCUACUACACACAUCUACAGGCCAUCGUCGCGCGCCUGAGAAGGCAGGCGUAUGCGUUGGAGGAAGCUGGGAUCAUUGCGCCCGAAGCGUCUUCACUAGCUGGCAGUGCGCAGCAGAGGCAGAGUAUGUCCAGCCAAGGACAGCAAAGAGGGCAGGCUACAGCUGCAUCGGUACAGGAGACGGAGCGCAUCACGAACGGUGGGCUGGGCAAUCUGGAUGUCGGGUGGUUGAACAGCAGAGGCAAUAAGGUGGGCGUCGAGAAGGAGAGCGAGUUGAUAGAUGAGGCGAAGAAGCUGUUGGAGGAGAGUCUGAAAGAAGACGGUGAGGUGGUCGCGUAG